AUGCAAUGUGAGCAGCUGGGUUUUGACUCAAUCCUCGCCAUUGGAUGGGUUCACAAGGUCGGAGGUCGCAUGUUCAUCAAGAGAGAGGGAGCUGAGAAGCUCAAAUCCUGGCCCGCCCCGCAGGACCCUACAGGAGUGCGUUCUUUCUUGGGUGAUAUGAAUCCCACUCGUCGCUGGAUCAAAAAUUGUGCCGAAAGAGCUCGUCCUCUCACUCGCCUUACUGGAGAUGUGCCUUGGAAUUGGGGUCCAGCCGAAGCCUUAGCUUUUGAGCUGUUGAAGGAGAGAUCUUCUACAGCCGUGGAGAUGAGUGGUUACAUCUUUGACUUACCCGUAUACCUCUAUUCAGAUGUGAGUGGUUUUGGUGCCGGCUGCGUUAUUAUUCAAUUCAUCGACUCUACCAGCCAUAAGGGCAUCUAUGCUCGCUGGGUUACAGAGUUGAGGUUACUGAACAUCCAAAUUCUCUACAUCGAGGGAAAACGCAACGCUGCAGCAGACGGGCUAUCUCGAAUACUGUUUGAAGGAGAUACCUGCCAGCUGGACCCUGCUGCUGAGUCAAUGGGCACUAUUAACCCCUUUGGCAACUGGGUGUAG